AUGAAGGCUACUCUCAAAAACAGCCUGCUAACAGCGGCUACGCUGCCGGCCAUAGCCUCUGCCGCUUGUAUCUCCUCGGGUAACCAGGCUACGAUCCAGAAUGCUCUGCAAUCUGGGGGCAAUGGCGCUGUUGUUCAGCUCUGCCCCGGUGCCUUGAUCCAGAUCACCGAUCAAAUCAGCUUUACUGCCGACAACCAGGAAAUCUCCACCCAGGGUUACCCUACGGACAGCUCAAGGGGUACCAUCCAGGUUGCUCCAGGCAGCUCUGCCAGCACUUUGAUCUAUGGCAAGAACUUCAACAACAUCCGCAUCAAGAACCUCCAGCUUGAAGGCAACAGAGGCGGAGCUGGCCUUUUCCCAGGUGGCGCUGCCAACAUCGAGAUCGGCGGCUUCACCACAGGCCAAACCGUCUCCAACGUAGCGUCUCGAAACCCUCGCGGCUGGAGCUGUCUUCAUGCCAUUGGCUCUGGAGACAACAACAACCCCUGCAAGAACGUUACCAUUAUUAACAAUGAUAUUGGUCCUUGCGGUCAGUCUGGUACUGAUGCCAACGGAAACGGCCAGUGGGCAGAUGGUGUCUCACUGGACUGCACCGCUUCUCUUGUGCAGGGCAACACUAUCAAUGGCCCUACCGAUGGCGGUAUUGUCAUCUUCGGUUCUCCCGGUAGCACCAUUACUGGCAACACCAUCAUCUCGUCCCCUGACUAUGUCGGCUUCGGUGCCAUCAACAUGGUGGACGGCGAGUACGAUGGUAGCUAUGCUGGCGUCAGCGUCACCAACAACAACAUCCAAGGCCAGAAGCUAUUCAACCUUGGCAUUGGAAUUGGUGCCAACGUUUGGUCCUUUGGUGAUCCCCCGCCACCGCUGAAGGGCCCUGCCACCGUCACUGGCAACACCAUCAGUGGCCAUGUCAGCUUCCCCAUUGCCAUCAAUGGAUGGUCUAACGGCCUGACCGUCACCGGAAACACUGUGUCGGGUGUUCCGUCUCCCAAGUCCAGCUUCUCGGAUGCUUCCCAGUGCAGCUCUCCCAUCCAGAGCGUUUUCAACCAAAACGCAAACCUCAUCUACUACCCAGCUGGACUCACUGGAUCCCAGAACCUCCAGUCUGGAUUUGUCGCUGCCCCUGGCAAUACCACCAACUUCUUGUGCUCCACUAUCGCACUUCCAAACUCGGUCACCUUCAAUGCUGGAUCGUUGACCAUUUCCACCGAUACUGGCCCAUUUGCAAGCCUUCACAACGUCAUCGCCCAGUAUCAGGGUGACAACAACCUUGUCGUUCUCCAGGCCGGCACACCUGUCUGGGCCAGUGGACACACCCUGAACCAGGGAUGUGGUAGCCCUUCCGGAUGCCAGUUGAGGUUCGACUCCAGUGGUAACCUUGGAACUUACUUCAACAACGCCGUGCAAUGGCAAACAAAUACUGGGGGCCGGGGUAAGACCAUGGUCGUCCUCAACUCGGCUCCUUGGAUCCAGAUCAAGGACGGAUCUGGCAAUGUCAUCUGGGACACCACCAAGAGCACCUAA